AGAACAUUGGACACUGCCUGACUAUAAAAGACAUCCUUUGGCUCCUGAUGCAAUGAGUAUUGACUUGGAUAUCGAAACGUGAAAGUGAUAACAGUCAUCAUGAACAAGUUGAUUUAUUUUGUGCUGCUCUGUGUACCAAUUUGCUUAAAUCAAGUGCCACCAGUUGCGUGUGCAUACAAUCCGGAUAUUCUAGGCAGUCUGGAGAAUGUAAGGAAAGCAUAUCCAUCUCUAAAUCUCAAGAAUAUGCUGAACCUCAUUGAGGCCAACAAUGAAUUCCUCAAGAAAGAAGAUUUGUUGGACGAUAAGAGAGCUAAACGAUACACAGGAGUGAUUCCUGAAGUUCUCGUAUCCAAUGGAGUUCGUGAAGAUCAUGAAGGCCUCAAAGACAGCGAAAAUGUCAGGAAAUUUGGAUUAGAUGCUGUCCAGGAGUCUCCAUGGCUCAUCUUCUUGCUCACAGAAAAGUCCAAUAAGUACAUGACACCGCGUCUUGGACGAGAUGCAUCUGGAGACAAUGGAUCAGAUUCACAAAGGACAAGACCACCAUUUGCACCCAGACUCGGCAAGAAGUCCUUACCCUUCUCUCCCAGACUCGGAAGGCAAAUGUUGAGCAACUUUGGUGACCAAUAAGCCCAUUAAACUACCGCAUAAAAAUGAUCAUUCUUACCACGAAAGGCACGAAAUUGUGUAACAUGUAAAGUUUAAUUGUGCAAAGCAGAGUAAUAAGCAAAUUUUGAAAUAAAUUGGUUAUUUCAAGAAAA